GAUACCCCCAUGAGAACUGCCCUAACAGUAGAGAGGCAGCCUGAUGGAGAGGUUCAGCACACGCUCUCUGAUCCCAGGAAUCCUGGGUACGGUGUUUCGUAUCUGUGUGACCUCAGGCUGGAGUGCAAUGGCAAGAUCCCCGCUCACUGCAACCUCUGCCUCCCGGGUUCAAGCAAUUCUCCUGCCUCAGCCUCCCGAGUAGCUGUGACUACAGGCACACACUGCCACGCCCGGAUAAUAUUUUUUUUUGUAUGUUAGUAGAGACGGGGUUUCACCGUGUUGCCAAAGCUGGUCUUGAACUCCUGAGUUCAGGCAAUCCACCUGCCUCAGCCUCCAAAAGUGCUAGGAUUACAGGCGUGACCCGCUGCACCCAGCCUUUCUUUUUUUGUUGUUGUUGGUUUUUUUUCUUAACAUUUCCUUUUUCUGUUGCUGCUUUUCAAACAUUACUGCCUUAGAAGAAAACAGGCAAUUUAUGAGGAAAAAUUACAAACUAUCACAUGUCACAAAACCUAUAUUCAAGGACUUCCAAAAAAGCCAGAAGAUGAAAUUGCUAGUUCAAAGUUGUUGGGUUGCUAGUCAAGUCAUGAGGAUCAGAAGGUUGAGAUUUUUGUAUAAGCUUAGACCAGUGUGAUAGCACUGAUUGGAUCAAGACAUUUGCAAAAGGGACUAGGCUCAUAGUAACUUCACCUGAUAAACACCUUGAUGCAGAUGUUUCCCCCAAGCCCACUAUUUUUCUUCCUUCAAUUGCUGAAACAAAGCUCCAUAAGGCUGGAACAUACCUUUGUCUUCUUGAGAAAUUUUUCCCGGAUGUUAUUGAGAUACAUUGGCAAGAAAAGAAGAGCAACACGAUUCUGGGAUCCCAGGAGGGGAACACCAUGAAGACUAAUGACACAUACAUGAAAUUUAGCUGGUUAACGGUGCCAGAAAAGUCACUGGACAAAGAACACAGAUGUAUCGUCAGACAUGAGAAUAAUAAAAACGGAGUUGAUCAAGAAAUUAUCUUUCCUCCAAUAAAGACAGAUGUCACCACAGUGGAUCCCAAGGACAGUUAUUCAAAAGAUGCAAAUGAUGUCACCACAGUGGAUCCCAAGGACAGUUAUUCAAAAGAUGCAAAUGAUGUCAUCACAAUGGAUCCCAAAGACAGUUAUUCAAAAGAUGCAAAUGAUGCACUACUGCUGCAGCUCACAAACACCUCUGCAUAUUACAUGUACCUCCUCCUGCUCGUCAAGAGUGUGGUCUAUUUUGCCAUCAUCGCCUUCUGUCUGCUUAGAAGAACGGCUGUCUGCUGCAAUGGAGAGGGAUCGUAACAGACGGUGGCACAAGGAGGCCAUCUUUUCCUCAUCGGUUAUAGUCCCUAGAAGUGUCUUCUGAGGAUCUAGUUGGGCUUGCUUUCUGGGUUUGGGCUAUUUCAGUUCUCAUGUGUAUACUAUUCUAUCAUGAUUGUAUAAUGGUUUUCAAACCAGUGGGCACACAGAGAACCUCACUCUGCAAUAACAAUGCGGAAUAGCCAUGGCAGUCUCCAGCCCCACUCUCUCCAUAUUCUCCACAGCUCCUCCAGCCAACCCAAAUAGCCACUGCCAUAGUGUAGACAGCCUGCGGCUUUUAGCCUUGUCCCUCUCUUAGUGUUCUUUAAUCAGAUAACUGCCUGGAAGCCUUUCAUUUUACAUGCCCUGAAGCAGCUUUCUUUGCUAGUUGAAUUAUGUGGUGUGUUUUUCGUAAUAGGCAAAAUAAAUUU